AAACUGGAGUUGAAGAACUACCUGAAACCUUACACCUGCGAUGGCUGUAAAGAAAGGGGAUUCGGGCCUCGAUACCGAUGCGAAAAAUGUGAUUUCGAUCUUCACCGAGAGUGCAUGUUUCCUCAAACCUCGCCAUUUCGCCAUGAAUUCUUCCCGGGUUCAACCUUCAAGUUCCUAAGAACCCCACCAAAAGCCUGCCAUGACCAUUGCAAACUGCAGUGCGAGGCUUGCAGAAUGGACAUCAAUGGCUUCGUCUACCACUGCAAGGAAGAUGACUUAGACCUUCACCCUUGCUGUCGAAAGCUCGAGAAGGAAUACCGUGUCAAAGAAGAUGAUGAAGAAAUGGUUUUCAAUCUCGACAAGAAAGUGCGAGGGAAGUGCAUGUGGUGCAAGAGAAAGAGCAUCAAAGAAGGUGACCAUAGCAACGGAUGGUCAUACAUCUCUGAGUGCAGGAAGUACCAUAUUCACGUGGCUUGUGCGACCCAAAUGGUUUUAGAAGAAUGGAAACAGAGAGAAGACUGCAUCAAAUAUGGCGAUGACCAAAAAUGGGCUCUGGAGAAGAUGAAUCUGAAAGCAAUUCGAGCUCGAGGGCAUGGCCAUGGAGGAAGAGGGAAUAAGUGCUGGAGAAUCCUUAAGAUCUUCAUCCAGACCAUUGUUAGUAUUGUUCUUGGAGAUCCCACCAUGACUCUUGCCUCUCUAUUUAUCGAACUGAUUGCUCCUUGAAGAAACUUAUUUCUCACGUCUUUAAUUCUGAAUUGUAGUUUCUCUUUUCUUUUAUUCCAAAAGCGUGGUGUACAGUGUACACAGGCGGCUGGGAACUCUGCUAGUUUGUUUGAAGUUUGAUUUUGUG